AUGGUUUCCACCUACAAGGAUCCACGAGAGGAAGUCCUUCAAGCAUGGUACAUGGAUGAUAGCGAUGAAGAUCAAAGACUCCCCCACCACAAAGAACCCAAGGAGUUUGUCUCAUUCGACCAACUUGCAGAACUUGGAGUCCUUAGCUGGAAAUUAGAUGCUGAUAACUAUGAGACUGAUCCAGAGCUGAAAAAGAUUCGCGAAGAACGUGGUUACACUUACAUGGAUGUUUGUGAGGUCUGCCCAGAAAAGUUGCCAAAUUAUGAACAGAAAAUCAAAAGCUUCUUUGAAGAGCAUCUUCACACCGAUGAGGAAAUCCGCUUUUGUGCUGCUGGAAGUGGCUAUUUUGAUGUCAGGGAUCGCAAUGAUGCUUGGAUUCGUGUAUGGGUCAAGAAAGGAGGAAUGAUCAUCUUGCCUGCUGGAAUUUAUCAUCGCUUUACACUAGAUGAGAACAACUACAUUAAGGCAUUGCGAUUUUUUGUUGGUGAACCAGUUUGGACUCCACAUAAUCGCCCAAAUGACCAUCUCCCUGCAAGACAGCAAUAUGUCAAGGAUUUUGUGGAAAAGGAUUUUGCCAACCACGCGGUUGAUGCUGCUGCAUAA